CUGAAGAGGAACUACCGCAGAAAAAGAAGCAAAAGAAUCUGCCGUGGCUUCCAGAUUAUAUCCCUAGUCUCCAAGUCCUUUCGCUCUCUCGUCGUAUCCAAAGAUCUCCUCAAGGAGCGAUAUCGCCUCAAAACCCGAGAAUCCUCUUCCAACAUGGUUCACCCUAUGGAUAAAAGCUGAUCAAAUCGACAAGAAGAAGAAGAAGAAUAAGUUUUCUCGAAGUACUCGGUUGGUACAAAUAUCAUCUUCCUAUUAUUAUUAUCCUUUUGACCCAGUGUUCAUCGUUAUAGUUGUCUCAGAAUACUAUGCGUUCAGCUAAUGCAGUGCUCCGUCCCCGUCAUUUGGGUUGGUGACAAGGAGGCUACUCUUUGGCAUCAAGGUCCCAACAUGACGGUAGCUCGAGUGAAUGCCAUUGCGGGUGUUGUCAAUGGGAAGAUAUACGUUAUAUAUGGGAGGUUGCCUGGCAAAUGAGUCCACGAAUUGGGGUGAGGUUUUCGACAAAAAUACUCAUGAAACUUGGGAAUCUCUACCUGACACUGGAGCUGAUCUCCGCUCCUCUUCAAUUAGAGCAAUAGAGCUGAUCCAAGGAAAACUUUAGGUUAGAGUUGGCAACGAGAACAGUGAUGACUAUGUCUAUGAUCCAAAAGAAGGUAAAUGGGACGUUGUGGAAAAAACACUGUCAGAUAGGAAAUCUAUUGUUGUCUUGUGGUGAACAACGUUUCUGGUGGUAUGACACAAAGCCUCACGAAUGGAGAGUGGUCAGAGGUUUGUCAAUGUUGAAUACGACUCGUCAUCGUGGUUUGAUUGAGAUUGGUAACUACGGUGGUAAACUCUUAAUCUUAUGGGAUAAGUUUGUGCAUCCUGGUCAAUUUCAGGAAAAAAAUAUUUGGUGUGCCGUGGUUGCGCUUGAAAGACGUAAUGGUAAUGGCGAUGAUUUUGAAAUUUGGGGAAACGUUGAGUGGACUAAUGUUGUGCUUACGGUUCCCAGUUCAUACGUCUUCCUGCGUAGUCUACAGAAUAGAGGUUGAUCAAAUAUAAGCAUUUUCUUUUUAAUUACUGGCAAUAUCAACAAAAAAAGAAAAACACAUUUAGCUUCAAAAUAACAAGUUUUUGGCGUAGGGGUUCACUUUGAUUGUUAGGGGACAAUUAGAUAUUUAAUUAAAAUUAAGGGUCAAUUUUUCAAUAUUAAAAAAAAAUGAAAGAUGUUUAUAAGCUGGUUUUGGAAAAGCCCUAAUCAUGUUUAACCCUAAUGAUCACUUUUUGGGUAGAAACCGCCGCCUCUGCGGCUACGACAUCCAUAGCCGAACCACCGUCGAAAAAGAGGAAAACGAAUCCAUCUCCUCCUCUUCCUCCUCCGUCGUUUUUGUCACUCCCAGAUGUUCUCAUCCUAAACUGCUUAUCCCGCAUACCGAAAUCGUAUUACCCUAAACUCUCCAUAGUCUCCAAGACAUUUCGUGAUCUCAUCUUAUCCAUUGAUCUUAACCACGCUCGAUUUCACCACAAAACACAAGAAACCUUUUUUCAUGUCUGCUUAAAGUUUCCCGAUCGUCCUCUUCCCUCUUGGUACACACUCUGGAUCAAACCUGAAGGAUUCGAUGACAAGGAGGAGGAGAAGAAGAAGUCUACAUUGGUACAAGUACCCUCUUCCUAUGCUUCUCAUAAUCCAUUGCUCGUCGUUAGUGUUGAUUCAGAUGUCUAUGCAUUCAAACAAUGUUAUCCUCCCUCACGCGUCAUGUAUGUUCGUAACAAGGAGGUUGUCUUAUGGCGUAAUGCCCCCAACAUGACUGUAGCUCGCGCGAAUCCUGUUGCGUACGUCUUCGAUAAGAAAAUAUACGUAAUGGGAGGUUGUGCGGAAAAUGAAUCUGCAAAUUGGGGUGAGGUUUUUGAUCCAAAGACUCAAACUUGGGAAUCUUUACCUGUCCCUGCCCCUGAGCUUCGCUUCUCUUCAAUGAUUAGAAAACUAGAGAUGAUCCAAGGAAAGUUUUACGUCAGGAGCAAUGAGAGCAAGGACUCUGUUUAUGAUCCGAAAAAUGGUAAGUGGAACGUUGCAGCAAAACCGUUGGUGAGUGAUAGUAGGUGUGCGGUAGGUGAUGUUUGGUACUCUUUUCGUCCCAACAGUUGUUUGUGGUUUGACAAUGAAAUUCAAGAUUGGAGACUGGUCAAGGGUUUGUCUUCCUUGAAUCAGAGUUGUCGUAGUGGUUUGAUUGAAACAGUUAGCUACGAUGGGAAACUCUUACUCUUGUGGGACAAGCCUACAAAGCCUCGUCGUCGUGUUUGUGGAGAGAAGUAUAUUUGCUGUGCGUUGAUUGCGUUUGAAAAGCGCAAAAAUGGUCAAGUUUGGGGUAAGGUUGAGUGGUCUAAUGUUGUGCUUACGGUUCCCAGUUCAUACCGUUUCUUGCGUUCUACAAUGAUACGGACUUGAUCAAUUGUCAACAUGUUUCUGCUUGUCCAGAAUGGCUUUUAGAUGUAAUUCUUGAAACACUCCGUUGUUUAAAACAAGUUGUAUAACAUUUGCCUAAAUCAUUGAUACAUUCAGAUAUUAUUAUAUAUCCCAUAGAUUAUAAGGCUUUGCUUAACAUUUACUGAAUAGUUUGGCAUGAAACUAUGCUACAUUUCUUUUGUAUGUGUGUGCUUGGAUUUAAAUCUAAAAUGAGGUGUCAGAUUUGUCUCUACUUCUUUAACUAUCACUAAAAAAACUCAUUGCAAAAAAAUUUAGUUCUUCCAUGCUUUUUUUU